GCGGCUGGCGGCGCAAGCGAGGAGCCAGCUCUCGGCCAGGCUAAGGAGUGAGGCAGUGCGACCCGAGCGGACUGCAGGGCAAGGCGGCAGCCAGCCACCAGGGCCAGCGUCUCGCAGCAUCUCUGCCACGCGUGUCGGCAAGCGACUGCUCCAUGAAGCCGCCCUCGACCCAGGGCAGCCCAGCGGCGGUGGCGGCCGCAGCCCCGGCCAUGGACUCAGCGGCCGCUGCAGACCUGACGGACGUGCUGUGCGAGUUCGACGCGGUGCUGGCCGACUUCGCAUCGCCCUUCCACGCCCGCCACUUCCACUACGAGGAGCACCUCGAACGCAUGAAGCGGCGCAGCAGCGCCAGCGUCAGUGACAGCAGCGGCUUCAGCGACUCAGAGAGUGCCGACUCACUGUACCGGGACAGCCUCAGCUUCAGCGAUGAGAAACUGAAUUCGCCAACGGACUCCACUCCGGCUCCGCUGACUUCCUCUGUCACUCCUCGCAAAGCCAAAUUAGGUGACACCAAAGAGCUGGAAGACUUCAUUGCCGAUCUCGACAGAACAUUAGCAAGUAUGUGAAGGGAGCGAGGGGUUCGGGGUCCUUAGGCCACAAGAGUGAAACUCCCGAAGACUCUGAGGACCUGGCAAAAUCAGCUCCUGGGAUCUGCUGUAGGAGGGGACAGAGCCAAGGCCCCCCCUCCGUGGCCGUCCUCGGCUCACCCUAACAUUUGCCGUUGGGCCCAUCUCUGGGCAACUCAGACAGUAGAAUUGACUUGUUUACCUGCCUGCAGCAUAUUUCAACAGAUGAUCUAUCUAAUGUGUUUUUACUCCUCAAACAUAGCUCUUCUAUAAUUUAAGAUGCGUUUAUGGAAGUAUUUGUAAUUACUUAUAUAUAGUUGGAGACCGUAAUAAGCUUUUCCCAUCAUAAUAUAUUUUUGUAUACAAAUAAAGUUUAAACUGGAAUCUA